CGACAACAUCAUAAAAUGGUCCCCGGAUCUCCUUUGAGCUUCUCUUCAUCCUCAUGUUGGGCCUCUCUACCAUUAUCUUCGCAUUUCUGAACCUACUCGCCGUCGCACACAAGGAACCCAAGUCACCCCAUGAGAUAGAGGUACAGCGAGCGCUACAAGCGGCAGCAUACCACUGUGCUCCUGCCAUCGAAUCCUUCACCGCUGCGCGGAAACGAGAAUUCGCUCGUAAGGUUCUUGGUGGACAACCCAACGUGCCGGGAUACCAACAACUGUUUGCUUCGGAGACUUACGAAGACCUCAGGCCCCCUACGCCAUAUCUUGACGAGGCAAAGCAAGAUGGUGAAACGUUGAUGGGGUGCACGCCCAUCUCGGAGACCCAUAUUCAGAACAAUACAUGCGUGCUCGCUCCCGAAGUUACAGAGGGACCAUAUUACCACACGGAAGGACAUCCAAUUAGGCAGAACAUUGCGGAGCUUCAGGAUGGACUGCUCCUGCUGCUCGAUAUCGGUGUUAUCGACGUAGAAACGUGCCAGCCUCUUCCGAACGUUUUGGUUGAUAUAUGGCAAAGUAAUGCAACAGGCAUAUAUUCAGGUCACCCUUCUCCACAUCCGCAUCUGGCCAAGGAGGAGCCUCAGAUAGGGGGCAAACGAUCAGGGUUACUAUCUCCUUACGCUCGUACUCUAUCUGAGGAGACCUGGCUACGAGGAGCGUGGCCUACGGACAAAAAUGGCGUUGCACAGUUCACUACCAUCUUCCCGGGAUACUACAUGGGCCGAGCAACCCACAUCCACACCAAGGUGUUCCCCGAAUGGGUACCACAGCCAAACGGAACGUUCGCAGCGGGGCGGCUCUCGCAUGUCGGGCAGUUCUUUUUCGAGGAUGAGAUCAACUUGGUGAUCGACAAGAUGUGGCCAUACGUCACCAACCCCAUCCGGGAGACGCGUGGUCGGACCCGAAACUGGCGCGAUUCGCUCAAUAUCUUCGAGGACGCUCACGGUCCGGAGGGAAAAUAUAAUCCGGUUUUCAAGCUUCAUUUCAUUGGAGGUGUGAUAAGUCAAGGUCUGGUGGGAUAUAUCACUAUGGGAGUCAAUGCUAGUUCAUCAUACGACAAUUUCUUGAAGGCCUAAACCCGCAUUAUUGCAACAUGGGAGGUUCUUUGGUUGGCAGAUGGCGUAGGUCAUGAUCACACAGGAGGGAUUAUACCAAACGGCGCUGUACAACACCAAUACGAAGGUUUCUGUAGAACUAUGGUGGUUACCUCACAUGCUGAGGGACGUGCUCAUUGUAAUAUUAUGAUUCAACGAGAAUGGCGUCCGAAUCC